GGCAAAACCAACCCAUGAUCCUCGAUCAUGACGACACAACAUAGAUGAGCUCCAUUCGGGCAGGGGCAGUCGGGAAUCCUGAGACAGAUAACAAUCUGUGAUACGGGAAUGGGGGAUAUGAAAACCCCAGAUUUCGAUGACUUGCUGGCAGCGUUCGAUAUCCCAGACAUUGAUGCCAAAGAAGCCAUACAGUCUGUGCCCGAGGACUCGGAGGGCCAUCACAGCAGCACUGGAGGUGGGGUGGGGAAGAUAGGGGGUGGCGGCGGUAGUGGUCUACCUCUUCGACCCCCCAGCCCACCCGAGCCCCACGCCACUGCCCUGUCAUCUCAAAGCGGUGAGCCACCAGGGGUUAGUGUCAUUGUGAAGAACAGGGUACGAACGGAUGCGUUUGGAGAGGGAGAGUGCGACUCUGGUAGAGACUGCCCUGGUGGAGCUGGGGCUCAGGGAGGGGCAGUCGGCGCCCUCCCCGCUCCCCGUCUUGGCCUCAGAAUGCAGGGAAUCGGCUGCGGUGAGCCCCUGAUCCAUAACGGGUUCGAGGAGUGCGCAGCGGAGGCCAGCGAGCUCCCGCUGAGCCCCACUCAGACUCAGAGUCACUCCAACGGGCAGCUGUGGUCACCUGCCUCCCCAAAAGCAGCCGCCGAGGGCGCGUCCGCCACCAGCGCUGGCGGCUUUGGCAGAGCGAAGCCACUUGGGGCGCAGGGUCCCAACGACACCAUGCCGAAGGCUCGGAAGCCCAGUGCGACUCAGCCUCAGGAAGAGGACACACACGCUGGCGAUGUCGCAGACCGAUCCGCCGCCAUCCCGGCUUCCAGCGACGCCCCGUGCUCCCAUGUGUCCACCGCAUCUGUGGCGAGGGUGUCGACGUUCUUCUCCUCGCCAGCACCUCCGCCGCUCUCCAGCUCCGCCACCCCCCCUUCUCCUCCUUCCUCCUCUUCCCUCUUCGAAGGUCCGCUUCUCCCCUCCUCCACUCUAGGAGAGAGCAACCCCUCGUCGCCCCUUCCCACUGGCUCUCAGCUGCGGAAUGACGUCCCUGGGCCCGCUUCGCAGCACGCGGCGUCCGAGGACGAGGAGUCGGAGCCGGACCUCGGCAGUCCCCCCUUGGUGAUCCAGGAGAGCCCCGACUCGCUCAUGUGCUCCCCUCCCAAGUUCCCUCGCCGCAAGCGUUCCUCCUCCUCUGGCAUGUUCAGCUCUCCCUCCCCGACGCCGUCGCCCACCACUCUCCCCGCACCCCCCGCCGCAGCUGCCGCCGCCGCCGCCGCCACCACAGUCGCCGCGCCUCCGCUUGCGGACUGCGGCCCUCGCCAGCGGCCUGCCUCCCCCAAGCGCGCCCCCGUGGAGGAGCGCAACCCGGAGCACGUCAUCGAGGAGCGCGACUCUCCGGAAAGCCCCGAGCCCGAGCCGCCGGCCUCGUCCCAGGGGAAGCGCACCACCACGCUCCCCACCCUCACCCAGAGAGCCCCCAGCACAGAACAGACAUCUGCCCCGCAACCCGCAGCCCAUGGGGCUGCCUGGAACAAGGCCGAAGAGGAGGAAGAGGAAGAAGAUGACGAGGAGGAGGAGGAGGAAGAAGAGGAGGAGGAGGAGAUGAUGACGAUGACGACGAGAGAGGAGCAGACCAUGGAGACGGAAGGGAGCAGCAAAGUGGAGCGAAUGGAGGAUGGGGAGGAGCAGAUGGAGGUGGACGAGCAGGACGGAAGCCCUGUCCCUACCGCGGUCAACGCCGACGGCUCCCCCUCUCCCUCCAUGAUGAAGGUCAGGAUCAGAACGGUCAAGACCCCCACAGGGAGCAUCACAAGGACUGUGACCAGGGUAGCCCCCAAUGGGACGGCCGCCACUGGCACCGCCAAGGACACCAGUGGCACCAAAUCUUCUCUGGGAGGCCAGAAGGUGAUCCGACCCAAAAGACCCGGCGCGCCACUUCCUGGUCAGAACCAGAGGUCAAAGGGCGCGACGGUCCUGCCUGUGUCGACCUUGCAGGACGCCAGCACCGCCAUGCUCUUGGCAGCCAGCAAGGCUCAAAACAAAAUGGCUGCCGGCGGCGGCCCCUCUAAGCUGUCCGCCACGGCGGUGAGCAUCACCAAAGCCACCACGCUUCCCUCGGUGUCCUCGUCCCCGUCCGCGUCGUCUGUGACCGCGAGCGCCAGAUCCACCGCUCAGAAGCCGGUCAACGGCAGCGUCCUGACCUCCACGGUGGCCACGCUCUCCACCGGCGGCGCCGGCAACAAGCCGGCCUCCAUCGUCAACAGCGGCGGCGCCGUCAUCUCGCGCUCCCAGUCCAGCCUGGUGGAGGCCUUCAACAAGAUCCUCAACAGCAAGAACCUGCUGCCCAGCUACAAGCCCGACCUGAGCACGCCGCCGCCGGCCGAGUGGGCACUGCCCAUGCCCACCGCCGGCUACCGCUGCCUGGAGUGCGGCGACUCGUUCGCGCUGGAGCGCAGCCUGGCGCGCCACUACGACCGGCGCUCGCUGCGCAUCGAGGUGACGUGCAACCACUGCGCCAAGCGGCUGGCCUUCUUCAACAAGUGCAGCCUGCUGCUGCACGCCCGCGAGCACAAGGAGCGCGGCCUGGUCAUGCAGUGCUCGCACCUCGUCAUGCGGCCCGUCAGCGUGGAGCAGAUGAUUGGACAGCAGGACACCACACCCAUAGGUAUGCUCUCCACCCCUGUCUCCUCUUCCCCCUCCGCCCCGGGGGCUUCUAGCCCAGGUAAGGAGGAGAAUGUGAGCCCCGCUGGCCCCCAGGUGUUGCUUCCCCUGCCCUGCAAGAAGGCAGAGCCCCUGCAGUACACUAACAACAGGUGUCCAGAGUGCAAGAGCCAGUUCAGCGGGAAAGCAGAGCUGGUGGCCCACUUCCAGGAGGUCAAAGCUUCCGCUAACACUGCCUGCACCCAGUGCACCCCUCCGAUGCUGCUGCCCAACCCCUGCAGCUGGUCAGCGCACCAGCGCAUCCAUCGCCACCGCUCGCCCCACGUGUGCCCCGAGUGUGGGGGCGUGGCACGCCAGGCCAGCUUCCACACGCACCUCCAGGAGGCCUGUCUGCAUUUCACACGCCGCAUCGGCUACAGAUGUUUUAGUUGUCAGGUGGUGUUUGGUGGCCUGAACUCGGUCAAGUCCCACAUCCAGACUUCCCACUGCGAGGUGUUCCACAAAUGCCCCUCUUGCCCCAUGGCCUUCAAAUCUGCCCCCAGCGCACAGAGCCAUAUCUCCUCCCAACACCCAACGCUCACCAGUGUCCAGGCCAAGAUGAUCUACAAGUGUGUGAUGUGUGAGACUGUUUUCACCCAGAAGGCCUUGCUCUACGUGCACUUUGACACUCACCUGGCCAAUCAGAAGGUGCACGUGUUCAAGUGUCCUGACUGCCCCAAACUCUACGCUCAGAGGGCCUCCAUGAUGGAGCACAUGAAGACGGCGCACAGAGGCUCUGCGGUCAAGCAGGAAGUGGCCGUCGCCGCGGUGGCUUCUCCCACCCCUGCCGCCGCCUCCGCCUCCUCCUCCUCCUCUUCGCCGGCGCUGGUGAAGGGGAAGGCUCUGCUGAAGAUGGAGAGCUCGGACGGAGAGGAGUGGGGCCGAGAGCACGAGGAGGAGGGGGAGGAGGACAACGGCAAGGCAGGAGGAAGAGCGAACGGAGGCGGACCGGUCACUCCGAGCUGGAGUUGCACACAGUGCCAGACCCGCUACACUGACAAGGAGAGCUACAUUACCCAUAUGGCCGAGCAGCAUGACAAGGUCCUGAAGAAGUUCCCAUGUGAUCUGUGUGAGGGCUCCUUCUCCUCCUCCUCCAGCCUCAGGAGGCACAUCCGCCUCAAACACAAAGACAACAGACGUCUCUUCCUCUGCCAGUUAUGUGUGGACAGUAAGCGUUCCUUCAGCAGCCGUCUCAGCCUGGAGAGACACAUACAGACCCAGCAUGGACCUGGAGCCCAGUUGCCAGGGAGACCAGUGGACCGACCGAAACGCGGCUCUGUCUUCUCUGAAGCAGCGGACAGCUCCUCUGAACUGGACGCCACUGUGAGUUCCCUGGGCGGCGCGUCGGCGGAAGAGGACUCCCGACCUCCCGGAGGCGCGGCCCGCGGCGGCGGCAGAGGAGGACGAGCGGUCAAGCAGGAGGAGACGGGCUUCCGCUGCAUGCCGUGCGGCUUCGCCACCGAGGACCAGGCGGAGUUCCUGGCCCACAUCCCGAGUCACCGCGGCGGCGGCAGCGGGAGCGGCGACGCGGCCCUGCAGUGUCAGCAGUGCGGCGCCUGCUUCGCCUCGGGACCCUCCCUCAGCCGCCACCGCUUCAUCAGCCACCGCGUGCGCGACGCGCAGCCCGACCACCACCACCACGCCGCCGCUGCCGCUGCCGCUUCCGCCGACGCGGACGGCCAGGCCGACGGCGGGGAGCUCGGCGCGGACGCGCUGGGGUCCGGCGGCUCCCCGGGGUCGCUGUCGCCGUCGCAGCAGGGCGACGACGAGAAGGGGCCAUGCGUGUGCAGGGUGUGCGGCCGGCGCUUCGGCAAGGCCUCCGACCUCAACACGCACUUCCGCACGCACGGCAUGGCCUUCAUCACCGCUCGCAAGACCGACAAACCCGUCUGAGAUCGACACAGAGAGAGACGUUCAAUUCCGCCAGAGAAAAACAAUGACUAACAGCCUUGUACCCAUUUGUUUUCUAUCACCCAGGAGCCUCUGAGAUAACAUGAAAUCAAAGACUCGUUCACCUUGACAAGGUAGCUUGGCCCAGUUUGCAAGUCCUGAUUGAUUCAAAUGGUUCUUGGAAUCACUCACCCCCUUUGGUCUGUUACCAGAUGAAUUGGUUUUGUUUUUUUUGUUGGUGUUGUACAUUUUUACAAUUCAGCCAUUACCAUCUGUCCGAAGUAAAGGUUCCCACAGAAAAAUCUUGUGUCUGGACCAUAGAGAGGAGGUAAUGGGGAGCCAUGAUUGAGAGGACUUUGAGACGAGAUUGAGAGGUAGAAGAAGGACCCCCAGAGCUGUCCGCUCUGUUGCCUGUUCUGUAUAGCGCUUUCAUUAAGGCACCAGACAAUCACAGUCUGAAGGAAGCAAUCAGAGCAUUGUAUUGUAUGCAUACUUUUUUUAGUUUAAGCAAUCAAAUUGAUUUGUCAUGAGUCUUGUAGAAUGUUUGGUUACAGCAAGCUUGAGACACUGGUCUCACCAUGGUCUCUCGCCACUUAAGGAAUUUUGUCUUAAAAUGGCUGAUCCACAGAAGUGCCCUUGACUGGGAAUUUUGAGAAUGUAGUUCUCUAAGUGUGUGUGUGUGUGUGUGUGUGUGUGUGUGUGUUUGUUUGUGCUUGUGCGUGUGCGCUUGUCUGUGCGUGUUUGCGAGGAGAGCAUCCGUCUGUCAUAAGUUCAAGCUUUUUCAAACUGAGUGUCGCACCUUUUAAGGUGAAUCCCAUUCCUGAUCAUUUUUAGCAUGUAUGUAUAUCUGCUGUGAGUGUUUGUGUGUGUGAGAGGGAGACAGAGACGUUGGUAAGCUGUUAAGGUGUUAAUUCUGCUUGCUUAACAGAAAAAACUGUUUAUGAAGACAACAAUGAGAUCACUGUAAAUGCAUAGAUUUUUUUUCUUCAUAUUUUAUUCUCUUGUCUGUGAAAUCAGGUAUGCUUAAGAGAAAUUGUAUAUGUUGGGUGUGUGUGUGUGUGUGUGUAUGUAUGUGUGUGUGUGUGCGUGCGUGCGUGUGUAUACAAUGGCACCAGCAACAGUUCUCUCCAGAUCUCUACUUUCCUCUGUUUGUGAAACCUUAGUUGCUUUCUAAUAUAAAAUAUGAAAUAAUUGAAUAACUGUUCUCAAAUAAAAUAUUCGGGCUCUUAUUAA